AUGUCUCUCGCAACCAUUCUAAAAGUCGCAGUUGCAUUUUGCGCGGUAGCGAAUGUUCAUGGCGGUUUCCUAAGCAAAAGACAAUGCUCAGGAGGACUACAGCCAUCAUACCCGGCUCCCAAUGUCGCCUCGGGCUGGACAGCUCAACUUGUCGCCAAUGGAAUCACGCGCGCAAGGGGCCUUACAAUCGAUAGCAGUGGCGCCCUGCUUGUAGCCCAGUCAUACAGUGGAGUCACUCGUUUGACAUUUACUGAGAGCGGAAACUGCCUAAGCCUGGCCAGCAAGACAACCGUUGUCUCUAAAAAUGAUCUCACGCACGGCAUCGCACUGUCAGCCAAUGGUACCACGCUCUACGCAUCUUCGGCCGAAGCGGUCUUCGCUUGGCCGUAUAACCCUACUACUGGCACGAGCACGGGAGCUAUCUCCACCAUCAUCAACAAUAUGAAUAACGCAGACCACAUCAGCCGCACGCUGACGAUGUCAAAGAAGCAGCCGUCCCAGCUGAUCGUCUCUCGCGGCAGCAAUGAAAACGUUGAUGCCGGGACCAAGGAUAUCACGAGUGGUCGCUCGCAGAUCCGAGUUUUUGACCUGAACGCCUUGCCGAGUGGUCGGGCCUAUAACUAUGCGACUGAGGGCAGGGUCCUGGGCUGGGGCCUUCGCAACGACGUCGGUGUUGCGGAACAUCCUGUCACAGGCGGAAUCUGGUCUGUUGAGAACUCGGUUGAUCAGCUUACGAGGAACGGGGUCGACAUCCACACCGACAACCCUGGCGAAGAGCUCAACUACUUGGGUGCUCUCAGUGACCCCGUGCCCAGUAAACCGCCCAAUUAUGGGUACCCAGAUUCACACAUGGCACCACUUGACCUCGUCUUCAAUGCAAACGGCACAGAAGCAAUGGUGACCUUUCACGGAAGCUGGAAUCGUCAACCACCGAUUGGGUACAAGUUCGGAACAAUCAAAUUUGCCAACGGAGAGCCGACGGAGCCGUCGACUAGCACGACGGCUCUAACUGAUAUCCUGACGAUGAAGAGUUUGACCAGUUGCCCGAGCCAAUGUUUCCAGCCUGUCGGACUCGCGGUGGACUCUAAGGGAAGAGUAUUCAUGAGUUCUGAUACGACCGGGGAGAUCUACGUUUUGCAGAAAACGGCCUGA